AAAUCAGAGGAAACAGAGCCGAGAGCAGAUUACCAGAUCCAUGGUGGAUGCUCGAUCGUGCUAUCUUCUUCCCGUACAGUGCCAGCCAGCAGGCCAUCUUCCCCAGCAGGCUAGUGCUGCCUGCCCGUAACCUAAUGGACGGCUGAUGCUUCGUUAUGCGCUCAUCUUCCCCAAGCAGCGCCCACCGAAGAUCCGUAUGCGCAACCUCCGAUAUCAUCGACGGGUGGUGUGCUCGGCGUGGCCGUGCCGCAGCGGCGCAAGCAAGCAUGGCACUUGCCCUAACAGCGGCGUCGGCGCGCUCGCUGAAGCAGCAGCCGACCAUAGCGCCUGAAUGCUGGCUUUCGUCCCCGACGCCGACGCCUAUCCGUGGGCUUCUUCUUCCCGACCACCCCCCACGUCUAGAGCGAGCAGCCGCGCUUGACCGACUUUCGUCUUCCCGAGCAGCAACGCCGGCCGAAGCCCCCUCCCGACGGCGCGCGACUUGCUGAAUCAUCCCUCGGAGCACGCUGCACGCGACGGACUGUCUCCGACGCCGGCGCGAAUGGGCAGAUCUCCGACAUUUAGGCAUGUGAAGGGUCGCCUCCACCCCCACCACGCAACGGGCCGGAGCUACCGCGCACUGACGUCAGUAGGCCUUCUUCCCCGAGCCGCGCACUGACGUCAGUAGGCCCGAAGCAGCCGUCGUUGGGGCUGUUGAACAUGUGCUGCUGAAACUUUCUGUUGUGCCUACUGAAACUAAAACUGAACCUGUUGAACGUGUGCUGCUGUAAGCUUGCUGUUCUGCUUA